AAAACCCCUACAGCUCAUGCCAUGAAGGAAGAGAAUUUUCUUCGGCGCAGGUUCUCUCUCUGCCCUGCUUCUUCUACUCCUCAGAAGAUUGACCCUCGCAAGCUGACCCGAAACCUGUUUUUUGGGGCCGAUAAUGAGAUCUACCCACUCAGCCCAGGGAAAGACAUGGAAGGAAACACGUUGUCCAUGUUGAAGGAUGAGAUUCCUCAGACACCGAACUCUAUUAAUAAGACUGAGUUCAAGUUCUGCAAUGGGUCUGAUAAAGAGUGCAUAUCGCCUACUGGAAAAGACAACAAGAAAGAGACUUUGAAGGUACAAAAGAAGAAUUACAGGCAGGAGAAGAAAAGGGCCACCAGGCAACUCUUCAGUGCUUUGAAAGAUCCCAGUGUGGUCAUUAUGGCAGAUUGGCUGAAGAUUCGCGGAACUUUGAAAAGCUGGACGAAGUUGUGGUGUGUACUGAAACCUGGAGUGCUGCUGAUCUACAAAACUCCCAAGAUUGGACAGUGGGUAGGAACCAUCUUGCUGCAUUCUUGUGAGCUGAUUGAGAGACCCUCCAAAAAAUGGCUAGACGGCUUCUGUGUCAAGCUUUUUCAUCCUCUGGACCAGUCAAUUUGGGCUGUGAAAGGUCCGAAGGGAGAGAAUGUAGGUUCCAUCACACAGCCUCUUCCAAGCAGUCAUCUGAUCUUCAGGGCAGCUUCUGAAUCAGAUGGCCGAUGCUGGUUGGAUGCUCUAGAACUGGCCUUGCGUUGCUCCAGUCUCUUCAGGCUCAGUGCCUCGAAGCAGGGAAAGGAUGGUGACCUGAACUACUCAGCCGAUUCUGCACACGCGGGGCUGUAUAACCUACUGCACACAGCUACAAUAUCAGACCAGGAGCUUUUCCAGCUUAAUGAAUCCGCUAUGGAAAACCAUCACCUGGAGAAUGACGCCUUUUCUGACAAAUCUGAAAGAGACAACAUAGAAGAAUCUGAGAAUGAAACGCAUGAGAACAGCCGUAAGACCAAUGAAAGUGAGAGUGAUCAGUCUGAAAUCCAUGGGGAGUUGUCCCAGGAAAAGAAAGGGACAACCUAUUUAGAACAGAACUAUGAAGAGUUUGGAGAGACAGGUGAAACCUCUCAAACGGAAACGGUGUCAGACGAAAACAAGAGUCUGAUGUGGAUCCUUCUGAAGCAGCUGCGGCCUGGCAUGGACCUGUCUCGUGUGGUUCUGCCUACUUUCAUCUUAGAGCCACGCUCCUUCCUCAACAAGCUUUCAGAUUAUUACUACCAUGCUGACCUACUUUCCCAAGCUGCUCUUGAAGAAGAUCCAUACUGUCGAAUCAAACAAGUCUUGAGGUGGUACCUGUCAGGCUUUUACAAGAAGCCAAAGGGAAUAAAAAAGCCAUACAAUCCCAUUUUGGGAGAGACCUUUCGUUGCUGUUGGUUUCACCCGCAGACAAAUAGUCAUACAUUUUACAUAGCAGAGCAGGUUUCUCAUCACCCUCCUGUAUCAGCCUUUCACGUCAGUAACCGGAAGGAUGGAUUCUGUAUUACUGGCAGCAUUUUAGCCAAAUCCAAGUUUUAUGGUAAUUCACUUUCAGCGCUAUUGGAUGGGCAAGCUAAGCUUACGUUUCUAAGCAGCGGAGAGGAGUAUGUUAUUACUAUGCCAUAUGCCCACUGCAAAGGAAUUCUGUAUGGUACCAUGACAAUGGAACUUGGAGGGAAGGUUACCAUUGACUGUGAGAAAAGCAGUCACCGGGCAGAACUGGAAUUUAAAUUAAAGCCCUUCUUCGGUGGCAGCACAAGCAUGAAUCAAAUCUCGGGGAAGAUUAAACUGGGAGAAGAAGUGCUGGCAAGCCUUGAUGGACACUGGGAUGGGGAGGUAUAUAUAAAUGACCUGAAAAAUGGCUGCACGGAGACAUUCUGGAACCCAACCAGUGAAGUCCGGAAGCAGAGGCUGAAGCGUCACAUUGUGCUGUUUGAAGAGCAAACCGAAUUUGAAUCGGAGAGUUUAAGGCCCUGGGACCCUUUGAAUGAUAUUGCCCAGUAUGAGAAAGAUGGCAUACUUCAAACCAUGCAGAGGCACUUAUCCAAUAGAAUGUCAACUCACAAAAACAUGUGCAUCAGCAACCAAGUUGCAAGACACAAGAGGUCUGCACAUGAUUGUAGGCGGCGUAAAGCCAGUGAUCAACCGUCCAGCAACAGCCAGAACACUGAAAGCAGCUGUUCGACACCAGAAUCUGUGCAGGAACUGUCAGAUGAUGAUGGUUUUGAAAGCCUGUGUCCUCAGUGUGGAAAAGAAAGCAACCAUUUGAAGGAAAUUCACACUGCUGUCUUAUCGCUCCAGAGAGCCCAACAGGACAUACACAGAAACCUCACUGCGCUGAACAGAAAGUCUCUCUACAAGAGGGCUUCGUCUGAAAACCUCUUCCUGGACUCUCGCUGUUGGUUUCUCCUUUGCGUCUUUCUAACAUGUCAGCUCUUCAUUAAUUACGUGUUCAAAUAAAGGCACUGCAUUUGGCAGCAAUAAACGUGACCAGCUGCUGAGAUGGGGAGGCAGAAAGGCAAGGAGCCCCACCUGAGGCACCAAGCACUUUAAUACCUACGCAGCACGGGGGGGGCAGAAGGAAGAAAGAAACAAGAUUAACCAGGGAACCUACAAAUUUUGUUUGUCAGAUUACGUCAUCGCCUUUUUACAUGUACAUCUACAAGGACCUCUUUACCUGUAUGGGCCUUAAUGCUAAAGCCAAAUGUAGCUUUAAUUGUGCAAUGUUGUUUUUCUAUGUCUUGUCCUUUUUCUGAUGCAAUUUAAAAAUUUACCAACCAGUAUUGGUGCCCCCUGUACCACUAUACCACAUCUACUUGGUUUUGUACAAUGGUUCCCAGUGGCUUGUUUUAUAGCUCUUCUGUGGGUGGGGGUGGGGGGUAUUUUGGCAUCAAGAUGACUGCUGAACUUUCACAUAAGAGAGCACCGGGCAGCCAUCUUGAAAAUUAAGCCACCCGGCCAUAGAUAUCACAGCUUCUCCUUGGAUCUUAAGGUCAGUGCUCUCUCACGCCAGACCCACAUGACCAAUUCAUUGUAUUCCAUUUCCCAGAGAUUGUAAAUAUGCACAGUUUCCUAAAGCUUGCCUCUUUUAGGGAAUACGAAGUCUCCCAAACACCGCCAGUAAUGUCCUA